AUCUACUAACUGCAAUGAGAGAAAAGUUCAAGGAGUUAUGUAAAUAGCUAAUGAUUUAGGUGAAGGGUGGGAUCACCCCACCAUUUUAGGUCUAGUUAAUUUUAUCAUUUAAGCUCUGUGUAGAAAAUAUGAAUUCAGGAAAAGGGACUAUCCAGAUCUAUAGAAAGAAGUUUAUAGAAAUUAUUAGAUUAUUUAAAUUUUAAUUUAGUCCAUGUAUAAGAAGACUUUAUGAUUUUAAAACUAUGAGAGUGAUGUGUGUACAAUUGUGUGUGUGUGUUGAAAGGGAGAGAGGGAGAUCUUUAGAAAAACUCCAGCAUUCUAAGGACCCAGAGGGCUCACAACAGCUAAUCUCUGUCAUGCUUCCAAGUGCCAACACCCCCCUUUUGCGUCUCAUAAUAACUUGUGAUCUUGGAGGCAUGAAAGAAUUCCAGCCCCUCCUCCAGCCUGCCCAUCUCUGCUGGUUGCUCAGACCGGCUCCAUGUCAGACCCAGUUUGGAGUAUAAACCUGAGGACCACGCAGGAAGAUCAUUCUCUCCGUGGUCAUGAGUGGCAGCAAUGGGCAGACUGACACCCGUACCUAUCAAUCCCUAGCUGAGGAUCGCCCCUUUGGCUCCGUGGAGCAGCCCAAGAGAUCCACGGGGAGACUCGUCAUGCACAGCAUGGCCAUGUUUGGCCGAGAGUUUUGCUAUGCGGUGGAGGCAGCGUAUGUGACUCCAGUUCUGCUCAGCGUAGGCCUGCCUAAGGGUCUGUACAGCAUGGUGUGGCUCCUCAGCCCCAUCCUGGGAUUCCUGCUGCAGCCUGUGGUGGGGUCCAUCAGUGAUCACUGCAGGGCCAAGUGGGGCCGCCGGAGACCCUACAUCCUGACACUGAGCAUUAUGAUGCUCUUGGGGUUGGCUCUGUACCUCAAUGGAGACGCUGUUAUAUCAGCUUUGGUUGCUAACCCGAGGAGGAAGCUGGCUUGGGCAGUAAGCAUCACCAUGGUAGGUGUGGUUCUCUUCGAUUUUUCUGCUGACUUCAUUGACGGGCCCAUCAAAGCCUACUUAUUUGAUGUCUGCUCCCACCAGGACAAGGAGAAGGGCCUCCACUACCAUGCCCUCUUCACAGGUUUUGGAGGUGCCCUUGGCUACCUUUUGGGGGCCAUAGACUGGGUGCAUCUGGAACUGGGAAGGCUGCUGGGCACUGAGUUCCAGGUCAUGUUUUUCUUCUCUGCCCUGGUGCUUACCCUGUGUUUCAUCACUCAUCUGUGUAGUAUCCCGGAAGCCCCACUCAGAGGUGGCGUGGAAGACGCUCUCUCACAGCAGGCCACUCAGGGCUCCUCCCUGUCAGCAGACGGGAUGCGAGAAUAUGGUUCUAUCGAGAAAGUAAAAAGUGCCCUAGCAGAUGCAGAGCUGGCAGUGCAGAGAGGAAAAAACAAAACAUCUUCUGGACAGAGUCAGAGGGCAAUGUCGAUGAGGUCACUUCUGAGGGCAUUAGUGAACAUGCCUUCCCAUUACCGUUUCCUUUGCAUCAGCCACCUCAUUGGAUGGACUGCCUUCCUGUCCAACAUGCUCUUCUUCACAGAUUUCAUGGGGCAGAUCGUAUACCACGGGGAUCCCUACAGUGCACACAACUCCACAGAGUUCCUCACCUAUGAAAGAGGAGUUGAGGUUGGAUGUUGGGGCUUGUGCAUCAACUCUGUGUUUUCUUCAGUUUAUUCCUACUUUCAGAAAGCUAUGGUUUCCUACAUUGGAUUAAAGGGCCUUUAUUUCAUGGGAUAUUUGCUCUUUGGCCUGGGAACAGGAUUCAUAGGACUCUUUCCAAAUGUCUACUCCACCCUGGUCCUCUGUUCUAUGUUUGGUGUGAUGUCCAGCACGUUGUAUACUGUGCCCUUUAACCUCAUUGCCGAGUACCACCGUGAGGAGGAGAAGGAGAUGCAGCAGGGAGCCCCUGGAGGCCCUGGCGGCUGUGGAAGAGGCAAAGGUGUGGACUGCGCUGCUCUCACCUGCAUGGUGCAGCUGGCUCAGAUCUUGGUUGGCAGCGGCCUGGGCUUCCUGGUCAAUAUGGCUGGGAGUGUCAUCGUUGUGGUGAUCACAGCCUCUGCUGUGGCAUUCAUAGGCUGCUGCUUUGUGGCUCUCUUUGUUAGAUAUGUAGAUUAGGGUUAUAAAGAGACACCAUGGACCCAAACCUCAGACAAAUGAAGCCCAUGGUAAGAGAACAGGUUUUCUUCUUCAGGCUCCUGAGCUUUGGGGCCUAUAUACCCCAUGUUGGGAUUUCACCUUGCAUGCACACAUGGGAAAAAGUGGUGGCGGUGGGAUUGCCUGCCACACUGCAUCUUCCCUACUGCUCCUCACUGCAGACAUAGGAAAGGCAAGCCAUGCUUCUCACGGGGCAUUUCAAGCCUUGGUAACACCUGAGGAACAAAUCAAUCCCACUUGUGAUGCUUGUAACGUCAUUUUUUAAAGAAGACAAUCCGUAUACCUUUGGGAAAUCACAUAUUUCUUCAAAUUCAGAAGUACUUGAAAUAUUGCCAAUUGCUCUUCUCAUGGUGUGGAUUUAUUCAGAUUUAAUUUGUGCAUAAUUAAUUCUUGUUAA